CGGCAUUCUGCGAUAUUUUGUUUUUUUCUUCCUUCCUUUUCUACCUACCAUCUACAUCUUUCAAUUUCUUACUUUUUUUUAAUUGUGACGGAAGGGAAAAGGAAUUAGAAGGAGAGAAAAGAUAGGAUGUCGACGUCUCGUAUCUUUAGUUCAGUUGCACGUACUGUCGCUCGACGGACUGCUGUACCCGCUGCGCAUAGGCAUACGCUGAUGCGCUCAGUUGCCCGAAGGUAUGCGAGUUCCGGACAUGGAGGCAGUGCGGGAGCUGAGAAGACGAGUGAUUUGCCUUGGCUCAUCGGUUCCGUCGGCAUCACCGUACCCGCUGUAGCAUGGCUCCUCGCAUCUGGCCCUUCUAAGAAACCAGCACACGAUGACCACCACGGCGCACCAGUGCCGGACGAAGAAAAAGCACCCGCAGUAGAAUCCGGCGCAGAUGAUUCGUCCUCGGACAGCUCCUCAGACUCAGACUCCGGCACCGACACCCCAUCAUCAUCCGACAACGAAUCCGACAGUGAAUCCCCAAACCCGCCCACAAACCAACUCCCCACCUCCGGCAACCCAAAAGCAACCCACAGCUCCUCACAAACCGGCCGCGAGACCCCUCCCCCCUCAUCUGAUAACACGGACAUGGCGACCAAUUACGAAGAAAAGAAGCAAGCACAGGAAGAGUACAAAGACAUGAUCAGGAAGAAAGAUACCAAGGUCGCUACUAGCUCGAGCGAUGUCCCGAGUAAAAAAGGGUCGACGGAGCAUCCACGGGAGGAUCCGCUGAAGGGUGAGGGUGAGGGGGUUAAGAAGGGUGGGCCUGAGUGAUGUCCUAUUGCUCUUGGGUCAUUUGCGUUUUGGUGUUUUCUUCUGUGUGUUUUUAUGGGAGUUGAUGGUGAAGGUAGGGAGGGGGAGGAGUUUGUGUAUGAAGAGGAAAACGAGACGAGAAUGAGAAUGGGGUUUCUACUAUCUAAUACACGCACGCAUGAGUUAGAGAAAAUGAAACGAU